AUGCCAUCAGGAGACGGGGAUAACCCCCAGAGCAGCGGGGCUCUGAAAAGGAAACGAGGCCGGCCUCCAAAAGCUGUUGCUGAAGAAGCGACUCCAUCUCCAUCACCAUCACCAUCAUCACCAUUACCACCACCAAAACGAAAACCCCAACUCAAAUCAAAACGAUUAUCGCCCCCAGAAGAGGCCGAGAGACCCCUCCCCUCCUACUUCCAACACCUCGCCAAGCUUCACUCCGCCCUCAGCCUCGUGUCGACCUUCCUCUCUACCCACAGCCAGCACCUCCCCCCGACGUUGGCCAACCUGUCAAAGGCCCUGGCGGCAAAAGGGCUUGUCCCAUCCGUGGAAGACAUCGCCUCUUUGAAGGUGGUAACGCCUGGGAGCAUCAGGUUUGAGUAUGUAGAUUACACUUCACUCUUGCUAGAGGCUCGGGGGUUUGAAAAGGAGGAUCUGUUCCGGUCGUCGUCCGGGGUUGCGAGCUUACCUGGGGAGGAUUUGGCAGAGGGGGAUGAGCGUGGGGGGGAGGUGUUGGUUUUUGAGUUUGUUGACGGGGGGUUGAAGGGACGGGGCAGGGCAAGGGAGGUUGGUGGGGGAGGGAGGGAGGUGGUUAUGCCGCGGUAUACGGCUAAGCAGUUGAUGGGGGUCGUGGAGAGGCGGGGGGAGAAGUUUAAACGGGCGGUGCAGGAGUUUCUGAGGGGGUGUGAGGAGGAGGGGGUUGAUCCUGUCUUGAGGGUGGAGGGGGAGAGGGUUUUGCCGGAGAGGAGUGCUGAACGGGAGAGGAAGAGAGAGACGACGUUGCCGGAAACGAUACCGAAGGGACGGAAACCAAUAUCGGAGAUUGUGGAGGAGUUGAAGGGGUUGGCGUGGUACACCGGGCAGAUUGUGCCUGACGGCCACAGGGUUUUCGAGGCGCAGGAGGGGGUGUGUGGGGAGCUGGAGUUUUUGUUGAGUCAGGAUUUGGUGAACGCGUUGUAUAACGCGAGAGGGAUCACGGGUUUCUACUCGCAUCAGGCGGAGGCGAUCAAUGCGUUGAACGCGGGGUACGAUGUUGUUGUUUCGACGUCGACGAGCUCGGGAAAGAGUUUGAUAUAUCAGUUGCCGGUUCUGCAUGCUCUGGAGAGGGACCCGUUGACGAGGGCGAUGUAUAUUUUUCCUACCAAAGCUCUUGCGCAGGAUCAGAGAAGGAGUUUGCAGGAGCUGAUGGGGUACAUGCCUACCCUUCAGGGGAUGAUGGCGGAGACGUUUGACGGGGACACGCCGUUUGAGAUGAGGAAUAGGAUACGGGAGGAGGCGAGGGUUGUUUUUACGAAUCCGGAUAUGCUGCACCUGACCAUCUUGCCUCAGGAGGAGAAGUGGAGGAGCUUUUUGCAGAAUCUGAGGUUUGUGGUUGUGGAUGAGCUGCAUGUGUACAAUGGGCUGAUGGGGAGUCAUGUGGCGUAUGUUAUGAGGAGGUUGAGGAGGAUAUGUGCUGCUUUGGGGAACAGGCAUGAGCUGAGGUUUGUGAGUUGUUCGGCUACUGUGGCUAAUCCGGGGGGGCAUUUUGGGACGAUAUUUGGGAUUGCGGAGGGCAAGGUUAGGGUGGUGGAGCAGGAUGGGAGUCCGAGUGGGAGGAAGGAGUUUAUAUGUUGGAAUACGCCGUACAAGGACCCUGGGGAUCCGGCGAGCGGGAGGGGGAAUGCGGCGUUGGAGUGCGCAAAGUUGUUUUGCCAGAUGAUUUUGAGGGGGGUGAGGGUUAUUGCCUUUUGUCGGGUGAGGGCGCAGUGUGAGGUGUUGAUUGGGACGGUGAGGCAGGAGUUGGAACGGCUUGGGAGGGGGGAGGUUGCAAACCGGGUGAUGGGGUAUAGGGGUGGCUAUACGGCUCAGGACAGGAGGAAGAUUGAGAGUGAGAUGUUUGAGGGGAAACUGCUUGGGAUUGUAGCGACCACGGCAUUGGAACUAGGAGUAGAUAUCGGCACCCUAGACUGCGUCAUCACCUGGGGCUUCCCAUACACAAUAUCCAACCUCCGACAGCAGAGCGGGCGAGCAGGCAGAAGAAACAAGGACUCCCUCUCCAUCCUAGUGGGCGACAGCUUCGCAACAGACCAGCACUACAUGAACAACCCAGAUGAGCUCUUCACCAAACCCAACGCGGCCCUCCAAGUGGACCUGGACAACAUGCUUGUCAAAGAAGGCCACAUCCAAUGCGCCGCCCACGAGCUCCCGAUCCGUCCCGACGUCGACUCGGUCUACUUUGGUCCUGACCUCGCCGAAAUAUGCAGCACUCGCCUCCUCCACGACCCCCUGACCAAUUUCUACCACACCGCCGACCGCUUCCGCCCCCAACCCUCCAAGUUUGUCUCCAUCCGCGACACAGAAGAAGACCACUUUGCCAUCGUGGACACAACCCACAACCGCAACAUCGUCCUCGAAGAACUCGAAGCCUCCCGGGCGACCUUUACCUUGUAUGACGGCGCCAUCUUCCUCCAUCAAGGCCUGACGUAUCUAGUCCGGGACUUCAACCCCUCCACCAAAAUCGCCCGCGUGGAGAGGGUAAAGGUCUCUUGGACAACCAAACAGAGGGACUACACCGACAUCGACCCCAUCGAGACCGAAGCCCUCAAGCCCCUCUCCCCCGCUGCUCAGGCAUUCUACGGCUCCAUCCGCAUCACUCAGACAGUGUUUGGCUUCUUCAAAGUCGACUCCAAGACGAACAAGAUACUGGACGCUGUUGCGGUUGAUAACCCGCCUGUGGUGAGGUUCACAAAGGGAAUGUGGAUCGAUAUCCCGCCCCUCGCUCUCUCCAUCUUGACAUCGCGACAGCUGCACGUUGCGGGAGCUAUCCAUGCUGCUCAGCACGCUUUGAUGUCCCUGAUACCGAACUUUGUCGUAUCCCUUCCGGGCGACGUCCGUACCGAGUGCAAGAACCCGUUGAAGGAGCUCGUCUCCAAGCGGGAGACCAAACGGAAGAGGCCGGCGAGGCUGACGUUUUAUGAUGCCAAGGGUGGGGAGGGAGGGUCGGGGAUCAAUACAAAGGCUUUUGAACAUGUCGAGAUGUUGGUUCGGCAGGCGUUGCAGAGGGUGGAGAGGUGCGAGUGUACACGGGUGCAGGGGUGUCCGGAGUGUGUGGCUAGUGAGUAUUGUAAGGAAGGGAACGAGGUUGUGAGCAAAGUUGGGUGUGGGGUUGUGCUGAAGUGUUUGUUGGGGGAGGAGGUAGAUGUGGAAGGACUGCCGAUGGGGCCGGAGGAGGGGGUGGUGGCGGGGAUAGAGACGGUGGUGAGGGCUGAGCCGGUGAGGCUUAAGAGGAGGGGGGAGCUCAACAAGGGGAGAGGGGAGGUUGUGGUGGAUGGGGGUAGUGGUGAUGGUCGGGGUAUGGCUUGUGGAGAUGGCGGAUGA